AUGACGACGACGACGAUUUCGAUGCUCGCAAAAGCUCACCCACUUUCGUUUUCUUCGAAAAAGCGUCGAAAGAGUGGUGGUAUUCUUUGCGCUCCUUUUCAUAAACCACUUCUUUGUAGGGGAAAAGUUGCCGUCGCAUCCUCGUCUGUGUCGUCGGUUUUCGAUGCGUUCCAAACGCAAUUUUCCGGCGAUUUUGGCGCAGUCGUGCGGGAAUACGUAUUAUCCCCAGAGACAGAUGAUGACUCUCGUGUUUUUUGGAAAGGAGUCGACGUGCCGUUGCGAUACGUCCACGGCGUAGGGGUGGUCCCAAUAUCGAGCAUGCCGUUUGCGGAUAAAGUGUUCGAGGCGAACGCGCGAGUGACAUGCGGGGUGGUCAAGGGAUUGUUCGAGAUUGAAACGAAACGAUCGUUUCCAGAGGUUGGAGAAGAAGCGUCGAUGGGGUCGUGCGGAGGGUCCGAGUGGAACGAGCGGACGCGAUACGCGGAGGAUCGGAAGUAUUUCCUCUCGAGCGGCGGAGCGUUUGAGGCUUUGAGGACGGUGGACGAGACGGGGAGUUUUACGGCUGGGCCGAAGACGUUAGGUAGUAGUAGUAGUAGUAGUAGUAGUAGUAGUAAGGGUAAGAGUAGCGGUAGUGACGAUGAGUCAAAAGAAGAAGAAGAGGAUUUUGGAAUGACUUGGUUCCCGACGCACGAGAACGAAAGUUCUGUGAGAUUCGGAUUACAAUGGGACGCGAUGAAACGCGUCAGAGUCGAGUAUCACGUGAAAAAGACCACAGGUACAGUUGGGUGCGCUAUUUGGAGCGAAAGGAAAGGCGUGUGCGCGCCGCGCGGCGACGGCGGAGAAGGAGGAGUAUUAGGCGGGGAGAAGAAAAAAUGGUCAAAUUUUGCGAAAAAGUCCAUCCUCCGCGAACGCGCGUUCGUGUUAGAGAAAGAUGAGGACACCGCCGCCACCAAAUUCACGAACGUUUCGCCGAACUCUCCCUCUCUCGCGGCCAUAUCGAGCGAGUCGCUCCUCCUCUUCGAAAACGGCAACCCGAUUGCGCUUCCGUGCGGCGAAGACGUCGUCUACGUUUCCUCUUCUCUAAAACAUCACGCGAAGAACACCGGUAAGACAGAAGAAGAAGCCGCGACGACGACGACGUGCUUCGCCGCCGCCGUCGAAAUUGACGGAGGAGGAAAAACUUUACUUUGGACGCGCGCGUACGAUAGUCGAGGCCUGUUGAAAUUCGCUCACUUUGCCGAACUCGUCGGUUGA